AUGGCUCUGGUUUAUAUUGAUGACAGUGAUCCAUGGUUUGCUGAAUACGAUGCCUGCGAGAAACUGUUUAGAGAGAUUAUGGAACAGCUUCAACUACGUGAGAGAGAAGCAAAAACUUCAUAUGCCUAUUCCACUCUAUCUGCCAAAGUACGAUUGGGAAUGAAACAGUAUACAGCAGAGGUGCAGCAGUUGAAAGUUAAAGUUGAAGAGGCUUGGAAAUCUCAUUCUAUAACUGCAGAAGAAGCAGAACGCAGAACGCGCCAAGUCGAGCAGUUGCAAAGCAAAGAUGUACAAUUGCAAAGACUCUAUGAGCCUCGUGGAAAUGAUACAGCUCGUUCCACAUUGAUGAAGUCAUCAACAAAUUUUGCAGAUAUGGGCACAACAAGUUGGGGCAUAGAUGAUGAUGAUGAUCAACCAUUAGACGUUCACAUUUCCACCGAUGAGCUCAAAACAAGACAACAACAACUCUUGCAGGAACAAGAACAUGGCUUGGAGGAGUUAUCAAAAGUGAUUUCACGUCAAAAGCAAAUUGCUCAUACAAUUGGGAAUGAAGUGGAUCAUCAAAAUGAGAUAAUUGAAGAUCUUGCUGAUCAUAUGGAGAGAACCGAUGAGCGGUUAAUUAGUGAGACUCGCCAAGUGCGGCGUAUCGAUCGCAAAGAUCGCACCUGUAGUUACUGGAUCGUUAUAAUUUUACUGUUCAUCAGUAUCAUUACGGUAGCCUUAGUGUAAAUUGUAAUAUCGUAUAGUAAAUGCGAUUACAGUCUCAUGCUCGGGAUUCAUCAUUUUUAAACGUGAAAUCAAAUUAAACGCGUUAUUCAUCACUACUAUUGCCUACAAAUUUGUAAUAUGGUCUUGCUUGAAUGAAUCAUUUAUUACGAAACUUGAUACAUUAAACAGGAAGGUCGCAACUUGUAUAUCUAUCUUCGCAUUUAAUGCAAUACACUUUCGUUUAGCAUUCCAUUAUUACACUCUGCAGUUAAAGUCUAAUGUACAUACAUAUAUGAAAAUCAGGCGCGAAAUAUUUGACUAGAUUCUAGUUUUAAAUGUAAGCAAUUGUAAAUAAAAAUAAACAUAUGAUAACUAUA